CGUUUGUUUGCCAUACCGUCCAGUUUGCCAGUCGAUGCCUUCUGCCUAUUCCUUAUCACUGUUAGUGUAAAUUUGACAAUCGAUACCCUGAACUCAUGUCCAGUACUUACAACACAUUUUUAAUUUUUCGCAGAGGAGAGGGGACUUGGUGCAUAUAAACAUUUAAAAGAAACUUGAAAGCGAGGGAACGAAGCAACCGACUUUGUCGUGGAGGCUUUUCGAUUUUCUUAAGUGAUUUUUUCUUAAUUUUAUAUAUUUCGUGCACCCAUUUGCUGAAUUUGCGACAAUUCGUGGGGAGGUGGGCAGCUGCCCCAUCAUGUCCCACCCCGAUGCGUACGGCCAUGGAUUCAUAAUGGCUCUAGCUAGAAUAUCUUCCAAACUUUAUUUGCUGGUACAUUGGCUACGUAUUCAUUUCCCUGAUGCAUCCACAACGGUUCUGCACUCACGUGAAAGGCACACGCGCGCAUAUAGCCUACAGGUGCAAUGUCCUAUAGUGUACUCCGUUCCGCUAUAAGUAAGUUUAGCUCUGACUGGUGGGGACUGCAUGGUGCUGGCUCGAAGUGAAAUUGAGGCACGGGCUUGUGGCGGCUUCCUUUAAAGCGAUGGCGUCUUCAAGGUUGCACCACCACUGGGGUUGGGUGGUCACCGGGGCUACAUGUAUCGCCUUCUACUUCAGUUAUGGCUUCAUCCUCUCCUUCAGCGUUCUUUUCGUUACUUUCCAACGGGAGUUCGGCAGCAGUGCAACCUCAACGGGUAAAUCGUGGGUGGGAUCCCUUCCAUUUGGACUAUCCGCUAUCGUUGCCCCGUUGGUCAACCUGCUUAUCGAACGGAUCGGUUACCGGGCGGUGGUCGUCAUCGGAAUAUCAAUGAUCUCUCUCGGAUUAAUUUUGACUUCCUUCAUGCAAAGCCUUGCUCCGAUGUACUUCACCUACAGCGCUCUCUUCGGCGUGGGAACCGGAUGUAUCCUGAUGGGGUCUCUGAACCUGAUCCUCAAGUACUUCCCCAGGGAAAAUGCAACUGGUGGGGUCGUUCUCCCCAUGGCCUCUUCCAAUCUAGGAAUGCUGUCACUAGGGCCACUCACGUUCUAUCUUGAGAAUAAGUUCGGAUGGAGGAACACACUUAGGAUCGGUGCUGGGAUGAUUAUGGGAAUCGCUCUCCCUGCCGUGGCAUGGGCCCACCGCGAACCAAGGAGACCAUCAACGCCAGAGGAAACAAAAGACAUGGAUGAAGGUUGCACGGUGAAGCUGAAAGCCAAAGAGACAAAUGACGCAAGGGCAUUUGAAGAUUCAAUGAAGGAUAUCGAAGACGCGAUGAUUGACAUCGGACAAGAGACUGACGAAUGGAAGGAAACCAGAGAACAUUGCCAUACUGAUUACACGUCGGAUAUGAUAUUAUACACAUAUCAAAGCAACUCACAAACAGUCGGACAGAAUACGGACCAAGAUGAACAAAGUGGUCGGACUUUUUUAGGUCAGGAAAACUGUCAUAGGCUGACUGAAAAGAGGCCUAAUCAAUACGACAAAACCAUCAGAAAUACAUGUAACGUAGAAAAGGAGUGGAAACCGUCCAGGAGCUUUAAAACUCUUGAAGAGAACGUUCUCGAGCACGCUACAUCGGGUAUGACGAAGCGAAUGUUGACUGUCUUAACCUUUCCUGACGUCUGGUUCAUGUCCCUGGCAGUUUUCGGUUAUGGUCUAACAAAUUCCUUCUUCCUUGUGCAACUGGUAAGCUACAUGAUGUCUCUCGGCUUCUCGGAAGAGGACGGUGCACAUACAGUCGUUGCUCUCGGGGUCUCUAUGUUGGUUGGCAAGGUAACUUUGGCUCUCAUAUCGGACUACAUCCCGUUUCAUCAGCUUUACCUCUCAACCGUCGCUAGUGUUCUGGGUAUCUCCGUUAUGAUAUGUCUCCUCCAGGCGCCAGGUUUUUCCGCUGUCAUGUGCAUGGUUGUCAUACUUGGUGCAACCGUUUUCAGCAUUUCAGACGCCCUUCCCUACUUCAGUCCAAAUCUUGUUUUUGGAGUGACGAAAGGGCGGGAAACUGCAGCCAUCUUAGCCUUCAUGCAUGGGGUUGGGCUACUAACAGCCUCAGUUCUCGGUGAGAGUUUGGAUCAAACUGGAUCUUACAACCUGGCGCUAUAUAUGUGCAUUGGGACAUACGCCCUCUGCGGCCUUUUCUGCAUAAUGGUCCCGGUGUACCAGAAAUGCAUGGUCAGAGAUCGCUUCGUCAUGACAUCAUGGAAAGGCUGCCAAAGAAGGCAAGCAAGUGGCUCUGAAUCGACGCAAGAUGUUAAAAACAAGAUAUAAAAUCAUGUAAACAAAUAUAUAUAUAUAUAUAU